GUGACAAUGUCAGUUCAAGCGAUGAUGUGAUAGUGAUGAUGUAUAUAAGGGGUUUAUAGUUAAUGAAAUCAUUCAGAUUAAUGACUUCUGCAUCAAUACAUUUAAAGAGGUUUUCUUAUAAAACAAACAUCAGGAAUUAAGACUUUGGUUGUGUUUAUAGCCCUAGCAAAUCAUGAUUGGAUUACUUUGUGUCAGCCUGUGUCUGAUGUGUGCAGUGGUCAGUGUGUGGUCAUCCCCAGCUGUACGAGGGAUGUCAGAAGACAAAAAGUGUGAAUACCAGGACCAGGUGUUCAGCAUUGGUGAGCAGAUAACGAGUGACUCGUGUGACCGCUGCUUCUGUACGCAGUUUGGGGUCAUGUGUGAGCUGAUUGCCUGUCCUGAGGUUAACUGUCACGACGCGGUCAUGGGGCAGUGCUGUAUGGAAUGUCCCAAUGGUUCCAACUGUCUUCACUCUGGUCCCCAUGGUACUGUGACUGUCCCACGGGAGGAUGGUUGUCUGUACACGCCUGGGCUUGUGUGUUUCUGUUUACACCAGCGGAGGGGAAAUGGGAAUGUGAGUGUACGUGUUGAGUGCUACCCGGCACUGCCAGGAGAUGAUAAGCCUGGGGUCACAGGCUCUAAUAAUGGCUACUCACGUCCUGUUUGUCAGAAUGCCACUCUUGUUUGAAGACUCAGGAUAAUUUGCAUUUGUUUUGACAUUUUUUUAAGAAACUCUCAUUAAAAAUAUGAAUAAACUUAAAUUUUUACCUGUUAAAACUUCUGUUAAAGUACCAACUCGUGAGUCAGGUUCUUGCUUCUGUGAGGACUGGGAAGAUAUGGUUAUUCACUUGGAACUUUAAUCUUAGAUGAAGAUGAUUCAUGAGUUAGCUUGUAGGUACGCUUCUACUUAAUGCUAAGUCCAGGAUGCUCUCUAUAUUUAAGAUUGAGAUUCUACAUCAGAUGUACAUUGUGUUUCAGUCUGAGUGAUGCACAUAAUUUAUAGUUGUUAUUCUUUAAAUUCAGUCCGAUACCUAACUCAGAGAGAAAUUUUUCAUAAAUAUCUCAGAGAUUAAAUUCUUUUUGCUGAACCUGAACUUGUCUGUUUUCCUGCCUGGAUUCUUAGAAAAAUUAACGGUGCUAAUCUUCAAAAAAUGGAAUUUCUAAGGAGGAACUUGACACACCUGUUUUAUUGUUUAAAUCAAGCGAGUUUGAACUGAAUUGAAUGGAAAAGUAUGGUUGUCAUACACGUGAAACUCUAGAAAUGGUAUUUAUUCCAAUCUCCGGUGUUGCCUGUUUGCAUUGAAAUGUAUAGGGAAAAUAAUUAGUAGUGUGUAACCUUACUACACAUGUAAAGAUAAGAGGGAAAAUUGUAUGUUGUUGCUAUACACUGAUAGCUUUGUGUUAAGGUUGAAAUGCUGCUUAUUGACUGUUAAAAAGAUAGUAGAACAUGUAUGUGAACUGUAGAUCAUUCUCAAAAGUGCCAUCAUUUGUAUGAUUAAGUUGGUGAAUGAAUCAAUGAAGAACAACACCGUAUUUGCAAAUAUAAGAGCUCAUCGCUUUAGAUUUAUUGUAGGAAAUAAUGUGUAAAUAUGAGUAUUUCCACCAUUGUAUGAUAGUCUGUUUUUAAUACAUGGAUGCAUAUAUGUAUUCUUGUGUAUUGAUGCAUUCUUGUGAUGCAUUCUUGUGUAUUUGUCAUCAACUAAGAGAAUAAAUGUUUUUCAUAAAUUGA